UAGAACUAAAAGCUGGCGAACUCUAUUGACUAUUGUACCCAAAAUGCAACGCGUAUCUUAAGCCUACUGCGCAUGCUCAUUUCCCCCACCGAUUUUGUAAUAUCUACUUUCUUUUCCAAAUGUAAUCGUUCAGGUUGCAAUAAUGCAGCUAGAUAUGAACGGUAUUUUAUCCGUCCAUGAUUUUGGCACUGCAAACCGACGUUGACAUUUUUGCAGGCGGCGAGACCGUAUCACUCAGCAACGAGGGAUUUAUUUUCCUUCGCCGCAGUAGCUAGUUGGGUCACGUUAUUCUCCACUAAUGUUGAAGCAAGGAAUUAUGUUGUAACGUUAUUUCUGUGGCAAACAAUAGUUGUAAACGGUCUGUCAGUGUCAGUCUGGUGAAUGAGUUAAUGGACUGAACGGUAAAUCGAAUUGGGGAGUUAACGUAGCUGUCAGCAACUUUGACUUUGUAACGCCUUCGCUAACUAGAAGCUAGCUGGCUAGUUAGCCCUGACAAGAAGACAACAUGUGGCAAAGCGUUGGUCUAACUGUGCUGGUUAUUGUGGCCACCCUUGUGUGUGCGUUGCUCUUCAUGGUGUUUGGUUGGUAUGUUGUCUGGCAGCUCUUUCUGUCCAAGUUCAAGUUCCUGCGUGAGAUGUUGGGCGACACCGGAUCUCCGCAGACAGAGACCCAGCCGUCCGAAUCAAAGAGCAAGCAUACCUCUCCUCCAACCCAACGCCAGAGGCUCAAGACUGCCCGCCAGAGGGUCGUUCCUCCUGAAAACACUACAUAGAUGACCACACCCAUCCGCUAUCAGUCUCACCCUGUCCCCCUAUUCACCAACCCUCGUCACUCUAGGAAACCGUGGUGGACAAAAUGAAACCCCUUACUAAAUGGCAUGAUGUCGAAUGUCAUACUAUUCUGAUGUCCAUGCAUACUACUCCCCUUUCCACUACCUUACAACGUCCUCGUCGUAGACACUUGAUACUCUACUUUUCUCUCCUGGACACUCUUACGAGACUACGUAUAGCUGCUGAUGUUAUAAAAGGCACAAGCCAUCAAAUCAUGGGACAUUCUGUGUACAACGUGUUCACGUUUCAAAUAUGUAUUUUAGCUGUUCACAGUAUAUGUACUGAGCAGCACAUCCAGUCUCUUCACUUGGCCUUAACUGACACUGCAACAUGGUCAGCUCUGACUGGCUGACACUGCAAUAUGGUCAGCUCCCACUGGCUGUCAUGCUGCUAACACCUGCACAGGGAAUCGCUGCUAAAACCUGCACAGGGAAUCUGUUUCUCCAUGAUCACACAAGUGAAUUCUCUAUCAUGACUGUGUAUGUGUGCGUUUUGAGAGUUUGUUUAUUUGAACAUGUUUUUGUAGCAAAGCCUAUAUUCUGACAAACCUAGACAACCUGUUGUAUAAAACAGGCUCAUUUGUUAGCAUUUGCUUUCAGAAGCAAAACAACUGCUAGAAGAAAAAAAACGGAAUGAAACAAUUUGUAUAACUGA